AUAAAAUGUUCAGCGUGACCGAACGAUUCUCCCCACGACAUACGUUGUGAUAUUAAUUAUGCUUCUUGAUUUUAUACCGCUAACAAAAUUAUUAAUAUCAAUAUAUAUUUAAUAUUCUAUCAAGUCAUUAUAAUUCCGCCACUAUUGACACUGACAGAUACGUGACGACCUCAGAGAAAAGAUGAGAAUAAGAUCCAUCUUUGGUUCUCCUUGCCUUCUCUCUGUACACACUGAAGAACAGGAUCCUAUUCGCUGAUCCCACCAGGUGUUUGUUGCACUGAUUUCGUCUGAGAGACUCAUCUGGGCUCUGAUCCCUCCUCCUAAACACACCACCAAUCAUCACUGGAGUCAAACACUGCCUACACAGGAGUAAGGAGUGACCCCCUCCUCUCUGGUUCAGAUGGCAGACGGUCGGCAACCUGAGGACAGCUCCCCCCAGUGGUCAUCUCCGGGAGCCCAGGGCUCAUCCUCCCCAGGUGGACAUGGAGAGAAUGGCUUCUCCUAUAGGGCUUGCCAGCCAGGUGGUGCCCACGCUGGUUCUGCCUCCUCCUACACCAAAGAGAACGGCUUCAACGGAGACUUUACCUCUGGACACGCUGUGACUGCGGAGCAAGUGUCGGCGCGGAUCGUGCAGGAGGUAACAGCCGAAGCGGUCGCGGUACUGAAGGGAGAGCAGGAGCUGCAUCCAGACACUACCGUCAGGCUGCCUUCAGUGGAAGACUCUGCAAACCUGCCUCCCUCUCCUCCACCGUCCCCGGCAGCAGAGCAUUUCGGACCACUGGAGCAAGAUGUAGGGGAUGAGGAGGAAGCAGGUCCUCUACGCCGCUUCCAAAAUUCUCGCGAGAGGUGCAAGUUCCUCGCCCCCUCCAUCUCAGUGUCUGUGCCUGAGGAUGACCCCUACCACUCUGAUGAGGAAUACUAUGAACACCCUUUAUUCAGCCCAGAGUGGACGCGCUCUGGCUCUCGCCCACCAGGGCAGGCCGCAGCGUUUAGACAGAUCGAAGAAGAGGAGACCAUAGAGAGUCUCUCAGCUGCGGAGGAGGAAGAGGAGGAGACUUCGGAAGCCGCAGCAACAGCAGCAGCUCUAGAGGAACAGGAGGAGGAGGAGGAAGAGGAGGAGCAGUGGAGUGGGGAUGAGCCUGAACAGGAACCCCCAUUCGAGCUCCUAGAGCGCGCAGAGGUCAUAGGCGAGGCCCAGGCUCUGCCCGGCCUGCAGGCCGAGGUUCACACACAGGCAGCUACUGCUGCCGACGAAGCCCCUAAUGGGCGAACUGAGGAGGCAGAGGGUUAUGAAAGCCCUGCUGAAGCUGUGAAGAUGGAUGCAGAGAGGCCAGAUAGCGAGAGGACAGAACCCAUUGGUAUGGACUUCACCGAAUCUGCAAUGCAUCUAGAUGAUCUCCCAUCUUACCAGAGUAUUGUCAGAGACACAGAUAUGCCUGAAAGCCCCUUGGCCACAACAUACCCGAUUGAAGAUUUUGUAGUGCCUCCAAGUGACCUGGAUGAUGCCAAAGAACCUUUUGAGGCUCCGCUUGAAAAGCCUGAUGGACAAAGUUGUGAUGUGAUACAGCCUCUAACUGAAAAAUAUGACUCAAGCAAUAUACACCAGGACGAACCAGGACAUGUACAAGACAAACACGUGGAAAUUACUGCCACAGAACAACCUGAUAAACAAGAAGGGGACAUAAAGGACAAAUCUGGGAUGUCUGCUUAUUUUGAGACUACUACAAUUAAGACAGAUGCCAGGUCUCAAGGUGAAGGAUAUUAUGAGCUGAGUACCACAUCAGAGGAACAAAAAGACUCUCUUGGUAACCUACCAUUUCCUGAAAUCAGCUAUAGCACCCUAUCUCAAACACACUCUUUGGAAGUCAAUCCAGAUCUUAUAAAAAGUACUGCAGACACAUUAAAGACCACUUCACCAGAAGAAAGAAGAGAUGACUGUAGGCUGUCUCCUGGAAAGCUGGCUCUAGAGCAGAGAAGCUACUCUUUGAAUAUCACCAUUGGCACAAUGGAACAUGGUGAACUGCAGGGACAUCCCAGGAACUUUUCUCCAUUAGCUACUGACAUCAUGUCUCAUACUAGUGGAAGCCUUGAUGAAUCUGCUGAAUAUCUUCCUGCCACCACUCCCUCAGUGGAUAAGAUUCCUCAGUUUCCUCCUCUGAUUCUGGAGUCAGCUUCCUCUGUUACAGCUUCAUCGUUUUCACCUCCCCAAGCAGCAGUCAGUGAAGUAGAUACUAGUCCACAGCCUGAGUCACCGGAUUCUCCUGCCCCAGCGAAGUGCUGUUACAAGAACGGCACAGUCAUGGCCCCAGAUCUACCUGAAAUGCUGGAUCUGGCAGGUACCCGAUCAAGGUUAACAUCAGACAACACUGAUCUGGAGAUUAUGAGGAGGAAGUCUGUCCCUAUGGACAUGACUUCUAUUGUCAGUGAUUCUUUAGCGCAUUUGUUAAAAGGUGACCAUGGUCAAAUGGCUGCAAAAAGAGAAAUGCAGCUAGAGGAUCAAGGAUAUUGUGUCUUUAGUGAAUACUCUGGUCCAAUGCCAUCCCCUGCUGAUGUGCACAGUCCAAUGGAUACUUCUCCCCGAAUCUUUAACACUAUGAUUUCAGAGGAAAAGGAACCUGGUUUUGUUGCAAGUGAAAAAGAGUUUCUGCUAGGCGAGGAUUUGAAAACAGCAGAGUUUGUUGCCCCACAGGCAAAAGCAGAGAAAGAAAUACAGAGGAAGGAAGAUUCCUUUGAAAGAGAGAGUGUAGUUGCUGAAAAACCUACAACUGAGACUAAGCAAGAUGAGACUGAUGCCUUUAAGACUGAAAUUUUGCACGAAAAUGUACCUGAAAUCGAGAAAGAACAGUUAGAAAAGCAAGUUGAAACUUUCAUUACACCAAAAGUUAUGGUUACUGUGGAGGAACCAAAACCAGAUCUUGAUGAAGACGCUAAACUUGCAGCUGAAUCAGAUGCUGAAAUUGCUGCCUAUGAGAGGCAAAUACGCAAAUUAGAAAUGGAGGACCGGCCCUUAAGCGUAGAGGAGGAAAGAGAGCUCCAAGAGCUCAGGGAGAAGGUAAAGAAUAAACCAGACCUUGUGCACCAGGAAGCUUAUGAGGAAGUUGAUGCAGAAGAUGUGUACCAACUCACCGGUGCUGCUAAAGAUAGAAUUGCCAGGCCACUCAGGCCAUCCCCAGCGUCUUCUGUAGAAAGUGCUACAGAUGAGGAGAAAUUACUUGAGACCGAGAAGCCUAAAUCACCAGAGACUCUUAAAACAGAUCCUAAUAGAUUAUCUCCCGUUGGAUCUUUUGAAAAAUACUUUAGAGAGGAGAGACCUUCAGAGCAGGAGGUGAAGCAGAAAGCCACAGCGGAGUCCCCCAAGAAAACAGUUGUUGUGGAGCAACCCCAGCCAGCCCCAGCAAAAAAAGAAGAGGCACAUUCUGAAAAAGAAGUAGUUCAGAAAGAUACAGUAAAGCCCCUUGAAGAUAAAGCCGUUGAAGAGCAACCUCAGCAAUCAGCCCCAUCAAAGACAGAAGAGAUACCUUCUGAAAAAGAGGUAAUUCAGAAAGAUACAGUAAAGCCCCUUGAAGAUAAAGCUGUUGAAGAGCAACCUCAGCAAUCAGCCCCAUCAAAGACAGAAGAGACACCUUCUGAAAAAGAGGUAAUUCAGAAAGAUACAGUAAAGCCCCUUGAAGAAAUUGCUGUUGAAGAGCAACCUCAGCAGUCAGCCCCAUCAAAGACAGAAGAGACACCUUCUACAAAAGAGGUAAUUCAGAAAGAUACAGGAAAGCCCUUUGAAGAUAAUGCUGUUGAAGAGCAACCUCAGCAACCAUCCCCAUCAAAGACAGAAGAGACACCUUCUGAAAUAGAGGUAAUUCAAAAAGAUACUGUAAAACUCCUUGAAGAUAAUGCUGUUGAAGAGCAACCUCAGCAAUCAGCCCCAUCAAAGACAGAAGAGGCACCUUCUGAAAAAGAGGUAAUUCAAAAAGAUACAGUAAAGCCCCUUGAAGAAAAAGCUUUUGAGGAGCAACCUCAGCCAGAACCUUCCGAGACCAUAGACACUCCUGUAGAGACCACUGUGAUGAAGGAAGUAGGGGAAGACAUAGAGCUUGCAGAGGAACCUGAAGAGGUCAUGCCAGACACAAAGCCAGCCCUAACAUUAGUACCGGAUGACAUGGUGACAGAAAAAACUGAGCCAGCUGACACUCCAGUAGAAAAAGAGGAGAUUAAUGUUGUUGAGAAAGAAAAAGUAGAAUAUGAAGUUUUGGAAGGGGCCAAGGCAGCAGAUGACACUCUUGAGUCUCGAGCUGCAAUUGAGUCAAUAGUGAUGGUGGAAGAUGAUUUCAUCACUGUGGUCCAGACCAUUGACGAGGGAGAAGUCUCCGGACACAGUGUGCGCUUCUCAGCUCCCUCUGAAGAGGAACAACCACAACUCCAUCAAGAAGAAGAAGAGGAGGAGUCUGUGGAAAUGGCACAGGAGGUAGAGAUGGAGGCUGCCAGUCUAGAGGAAGUCUUGGAUAUCUCUGAGCAAGUUGAGCCCCCAGUAUUCCCAGUGAAGGAGAUAGAGGUACCAGAGAGUGAGGCUCCUACCCAAAGCUAUGACGACUACAAAGACGAAACCACCAUGGAUGACUCCAUUUUAGACAGCUCCUGGGUGGACACACAAGCAGACGAUGAUAAGAGCUUAGCUACAGAGAUGAUUGAGCCUCUACCAAAGGCGAGCCCGGUCAAGAAAGCGCAUGGAGACCAACCGAUCAAACAGAAAACUAAGGGCAGCAGGACCAAAGGUCGAAUAAGCACCCCUGAACGUAAACCUAAACCUGUUCGCAAGGAGCCGGUACCCAUCCAGAAAGAGGAGAUGAAGAAGAAAAAAGCUGUGAUUAAGAAGUCUGAGUUCACAAAAAAAUCUGAUAUUCAGAUAAGCUCUCCUUCUCGGAAGAAUGUUACAAAGACUACUGUAAGGCACCCAAGGCCUACCCAACAUCAUGCGUGUGCUAAACGGAAACCGACAGUUUCUGCAGAUGGACGGCUGCCCUUCAGUGUGGCCAGGCACUCCAGAGAUCGGGCAUCUAACUCCAAUUCCACAACACUAACAAAGAUUCCCACCUCUAAAAUGCGGGCAUCGGCCUUGGUGCCAGCCCGACCAAACUCCGCCUUCUCCUCCAAUAAAUACAGCCCAAUGGGGGAGGCAGGUCUUUAUGAUCCCCGCCCAUCUUCAGCGGGUCCACAAGUAUCACUAAACGAACUUGUAGUUAAGGAUGGUGGGUCUCGGAGCCCGAAGAGAUCAUCCCUCCCACGGCCAGCAUCCAUACUUACACGCCGCUCAUAUACAGCUGAACAGGAGGAGAGUUCAACCUCUCUCACCAGCUCUGGGUCCACGGCACCACGCAGGCCUACAUCAUUCCGUACGGAAGUCAGAGCUGAGCACAGGACAGGCAGGUCUGCUAGUAUGUCAGGUAGUAUGUCAGGCACAGAGACUGUUCGGUCUCGCUCGGCCCGCAGUGGCAACUCAACACCCCGCACGCCCGGCUCCUCGGCCAUCACCCCCGGCACUCCUCCGAGUUACUCUUGCCGUACCCCUGGUACACCUCGCACUCCGGGCACCCCGAAAUCCCUCAGCCUGUUGUCCCAGGAGAAGAAAGUGGCCAUCGUCCGCACGCCUCCAAAAUCCCCUGCAACUACACCCAAACAGCUGCGCGUCCUAAACCAGCCGCUGCCUGACCUCAAGAACGUCAAAUCCAAGAUCGGUUCCACUGACAACAUCAAGUACCAGCCCAAGGGCGGCCAGAUUCAAAUUUUAAACCAGAAGUUGGACUUCACUCAUGUACAGGCAAAGUGUGGAUCCAAGGAUAAUCUGAAGCAUUCACCCCUAGGAGGCGAUGUGCAGAUUCAGACUAAGAAGAUUGAUGUGAGUCAUGUGACCUCUAAAUGUGGAUCAUUGGACAACAUCCGCCACAGGCCAGGCGGUGGUCAUGUGCGUAUUGAGAACAUGAAGCUGAUCUUCAGAGAAAAGGCCCAAGCGAAGGUGGGCUCACUCGACAAUGCUCACCAUAUUCCUGGAGGAGGCCACGUACAGAUUGAAAGCCAUAAGCUGUCGUUCCGGGACACGGCCAAAGCACGCGUGGAUCACGGGGCGGAGAUUGUGAUCGAAGCGCUUGGUGUGUCGGGCGGCACCUCUCCCCACAGACACAGCCACAUGUCCUCAUCCGGGAGCCUCAAUAUGCUUGAGUCGCCACAGCUGGCUACACUGGCGGAGGAUGUGACCGCCGCCCUGGCCAAACAGGGCUUGUGAACCCCCACCCAAUGUUUAGCAACUUCCCCUCUGCUCAAUCCACAUCGGCACUCCUCCCUCUGGUAUUUAUGGAAGACACAAAUUCCGUUUCUGUACAUCUCUAUAAACUCUUCAUCCGUCAACAAUCUUGCAGAACCCUGUUGUGAAUUUAAGAAAUCCAUUUUUUUUCUGUUUAUUCUAAUGAAUAGCUAGAACGGUACCAGUGCUUUUAUUACCCAUGUUACAUGUUUGACUUCUUACGAUUGUGUAUAGACAACGGCCUCGAAUUCUGAACUAUCGGGUUAGCUUCAGAUGUGUUACGUAAUGUCGGUUGGCAGGACCAUGAAAUCAGAUGAUUUCACGCUGCACGCUCUUUUUUUGCCCAAUUCAGUGCAUGGACUCUAAAAAAGACAAGAUCAAACAUGAUAUACGGGAAAAUAUUUAUAUGGAUACACAAGCUGUCGACAUCUCAUGCGCAAUUGAAUAUGAAAAAAAGAACUACUUAUCGGUACAGUUGCAUUAAAUCUAGAUAGUAUGACAAGCAUGUAUUCUAGUACACAAAAGAGGCUAUUUUCUAUUUGAAAAGAUUUAGUUAGUUCCUCAAACAUUGGAUAAAAAACACAUCAUGUUUUGUAGACCCUAGCGAUGACGUUACGCUUGUAUAUUAUUUGAAACGACUAGACCGACAUUGCAAUGGUUCAACCCAGCCUUCGCUAUUGUUAAGAAAACGUUGCUUUCGUGGAUCUUCGUUGGUACACGGUUUAAGCAGAUUUGUGUUCAAAUUACACAUACCUGCUAUAUGACAAAAACAGUAUUGUGUAAGUACAUGAAUAAUGGAAAUGUCUUAUUUGACGCAGCCAUGCAUCUGGCUUUAAAUCUGCCACCUACUGUCAUCUCUCAGAGGCGGGAUGUAAGAUGAUCCUUUGGAUUAGCGUCUUUGAAUGAGUGUUGCUGUGGCCCUCAUUUUAUUCUUAAAUGAAGGGAGCAGAUAUUUGGGCAGCUUUGUUUGGUCAGCCAUGUGUUUGUCUGUUGAAUUCUGCUCGGUUGCUUAAGUUUCUUAUUGUGAGUGAAUUAGGAAGCGGAAAAAGAAAAUGUAACGUAAAAAAGGAUACUCACUCAGUUCGAAAACGGUACACCAGUAUAUUUUUUCUCGUCAUUUGUGGUUCUCCCCCAUUUUCUCUAGAACAGCUGUCAUUUGUAGGCUUCUGUGUUUCUGCCCCCCCAAGCCUUACCCACCCUGCCCUUUUACCCACAGCUGCUGUAAAUGUAUUUAAGGUCACAUAGAUGUAUGCAGUUUUUCUCCUGUUGGUAUGAUAUGGAUUAUAAAUGCCCUUAACAGUUAUGACAAUAAAAAUACAGAAAACGAACUUUGGUCUGAUCUGACUUUUUUGUGCUUGUGUAAAUAUGUAGUGAUGAGAUUUUGCUUUAUUGUUGUUCUGUAUAUUUACAGCAAGCAAUACAGCAUAUGUGGAUGUGCAUUACAGAGGUUUUUUCAUGUGUAAGUGUUGUUCUUAGGGACAACAUGCAGGAGGUGUAUUGGUGUUGACAACUGCUAACAGGUAACAAUUGGUUAACCAAGGCAUUUACAUUUAUCUGCAUUUACAUCAUUUAUGCAUAAAUGCAUCCUAAAUAUGCAGCAGAAGUGAUCUGCUACUGCCACUUACCUUUUUUCUGCCUUCUGCGAUGCAUAUAAGACAAUUAAUCACUACAACGCUCGUACUUUGUGAAAAGUUUAUUAUGAGAAUUGACAGAGGCGAAAAAUAAAUUAAGACUCUGGGGAAAGGGAAAAGGGGGGAUAUGCAGCCAGUCCAGUUAUGGCAAUAUAUUUAGCACCUUUGAUAUUGCGAUCCAGACAAUGAGGAGUCAAGGGAGUGAUUGUCUGUUUUUUUUUUGUUUGGCUAUGAUGACCCCCUCUCACACCCCCCACCCCUCA